AUGGCGUCCGCCCUGGAGCAGUUUGUCAACAGCGUCCGCCAGCUCUCCGCCCAAGGGCAAAUGACUCAGCUUUGUGAACUGAUCAACAAGAGUGGGGAGCUCCUGGCGAAGAACUUAUCCCAUCUGGAUACCGUGCUCGGGGCCCUGGACGUCCAGGAGCACUCCUUAGGCGUCCUCGCUGUCUUGUUUGUGAAGUUUUCCAUGCCCAGCGUUCCUGACUUCGAGACGCUGUUCUCCCAGGUUCAGCUCUUCAUCAGCACCUGCAACGGGGAGCACAUCCGCUAUGCAACAGACACCUUUGCUGGGCUUUGCCAUCAGCUAACAAAUGCACUUGUGGAAAGAAAACAGCCCCUGCGAGGAAUCGGCGUCCUUAGGCAGGCCAUUGACAAGAUGCAAAUGAACACAAACCAGCUCACCUCUGUGCACUCGGACCUCUGCCAGCUGUGUUUGCUGGCAAAGUGCUUUAAGCCAGCCCUACCAUACCUGGAUGUGGACAUGGUGGACAUCUGCAAGGAGAACGGGGCCUAUGACGCCAAGCACUUCCUGUGCUACUACUACUAUGGCGGGAUGGUCUACACCGGACUGAAGAACUUCGAGCGGGCACUCUACUUCUAUGAGCAGGCCAUCACCACACCUGCCAUGGCUGUCAGUCACAUCAUGUUGGAGUCAUAUAAGAAGUAUAUCCUGGUCUCUCUGAUCCUGCUGGGCAAAGUACAGCAGCUGCCGAAAUACACCUCUCAGAUUGUGGGUAGAUUCAUUAAGCCUCUUAGCAAUGCAUACCACGAGUUAGCGCAAGUGUACUCCACCAACAACCCCUCGGAGCUCCGCAGCUUGGUGACCAAGCACAGCGAGACCUUCACACGCGACAACAACAUGGGGCUGGUGAAGCAGUGCCUGUCCUCUCUGUAUAAGAAGAACAUCCAGAGACUCACCAAGACAUUUUUAACACUGUCGUUACAAGAUAUGGCGAGUCGCGUGCAGCUGUCCGGGCCUCAGGAGGCAGAAAAGUAUGUCCUGCACAUGAUAGAAGAUGGCGAGAUUUUUGCAAGUAUUAAUCAGAAGGAUGGGAUGGUCAGUUUCCACGAUAACCCUGAAAAAUACAACAACCCUGCCAUGCUUCACAACAUCGACCAGGAGAUGCUGAAGUGUAUAGAGCUGGACGAGCGGCUGAAGGCUAUGGAUCAGGAGAUCACUGUGAACCCCCAGUUUGUGCAGAAGAGCAUGGGGUCACAGGAAGAUGACUCGGGAAACAAGCCGUCCAGUUACUCGUGA